AUGGGUCCCUUCGCGGCCCAAAGGAUCGCCCACGGGCUCAUGGACCUCUCGGGGAUCCCCCAGCUUCUGCACGUCGGCGGGUCCCGCCUCGUCCGCCACGCUCCGCAGCUGCACGACCGUCAAGCUGGGGAUACCUACGGUAUCUCUGAAAAGGAGUGUGGUGACGGCUGCAUCCCCUUGGGUGGCCGAUGCUGCGAUAAUAACGGGAACUGGUGUGCGAUAAGCACGGUAUGCGGCAACGGCGGCUGCUGCCCUGUAGGAGAAACCUGCACUGGCGUCCCGGACGGCUGCUCCGAUAGCCUGGAGGAAUGCGGCAAUGGCUGCAUGCCGGCGGGCGCCUCGUGCUGCUCCGGAUACUACUGCGACGCUGGCGAGACGUGCAUGGGGGACGGGCUCUGUUCGGUGGGCGACGACAUCGAUGGUGACGACGGCAGCGGAGGAGACGACGGCAGUGUAGGUGACGGCGGCGGCGUCGAUGGAGGUGAUGGCGGCGACGUCGAUGGAGGUAAUGGCAGCGACGUCGAAGGAGGUGGCGGCACCGACGAAAUAGACGACGGGGUUAAUGGCGGGCGCACGCCAGUUCUAGACGCGGCGUGGCUAGCAGUGUCGCUCUUUGUCUUCCUCUAG